UUACAAUUUUAUUUCAGUUCAUUCAAUGUUUUGUAAAAAUAAACGAACGUAUUAAUUAUGUAGUCAUGAUAUGGAACACGUAGUGUGUUUAUAGUCCUCAAUAGGCCACAGGAUGUACCAUUAGCGCUCGUGGGGGUGUUAUUUUUUAAUAAAAGACGCGAUUAACAACUGAUAACGGUAUGUUCGUUUUAGUUCUGUAUGUUUAUAGUGUGUUAAUUCUGUGGUAUGUAAAUAAAAAAAAAACGUCAGUCUGUUAAAGUCCUCGAUCGGACGCGAACCCCCGUCGCGCUGUUUUGGUCGCGUCUCGAAUCCGUGAUUCCGGCUCGAUCGCGGUUCCUGCGGCCCGAGGCGCUGAGAUCAGCGAGAAAAUCGCGAGCACGUCGUGCCUCUGAUUGACGCGUGUCAGACGCGUUCACUUACUAAUAACAGCCGACGCGUUUAAUCCGCUAACGGUAUCGCUGUGUCUGUUAAUGUGUAACGGAGAGUAUGUUUGUCAUGUUCUGUCAUUCAGGUCAGUGCGGACUUGAGUCGGAAUUACCGGACGCGAUCGAUUCGGGUUUUCUUUCUGUCACGCGAGGACUCUGACCUGUUCCUGAUGGUAUUUUAGGAAUCGCGAAUGUCGUUUUUCAGAUGUGAUCGGUACCGCAGUGCGACCAAAAUGUUCGAACGCGUGCGUCCGAUUCGGUCUUCGUGACGUCACGCAGCUUCAUUCUUCGCCUUUUGACAAAUGUAUUGUCGCUGCACGCGCUCGCGCGUCCGUUAGUUUGACGUUCAGCGGGUUGCGGAGCUUUCUGUCAGUCUGAGGCGCCUCAGAGGCGGCAUGGACCUCAAUUUUUACUCGGAUCUGUCGGACGGAACCGGGCAGCCCGGUGACCCGGAGUUCUUGGAUCCCCAAGCGUUUAACGGAUUUGACGCCGUUCAGAAGUUCCCAGGAGGAAAUGACAACUACCUGGCCAUCAGCGGCGAGGGUCAUCACUUCCUGACCUCCUCAGAAGUGCGAAUGUCCUCCACGUUCCCCGCCGAGACGUUUCACACUCCCAGUCUGGGCGAUGAGGAUUUGGAUCUGGACCCGGACUCGGCGCUGGGCGUCGCUGACGUGGUGUCUGAUUUCGGAGAGCUGGGUGACGGCGGGCCGUCCUCGGGCGUUCCCGGGAACGCCGUGGUUGGAGGGAACGACCCGUCGUUCGCAUCAACCUUUGUAAACGCGCCUUCGCAGGGCCUGGAGCACCUGAGUCUGAUGAGCCAGCAGGGCGGCGGACCGAUGCUGGGAUCCACGCUGGGAAUGGAUCUCGGUCAUCCCAUCGGUUCUCAGUUCAGCAGCUCUUCUCCGAUGACCAUCGACGUCCCGCUGAGUGACAUGAACCACGGCCUGCUGGGGCACAACCAGCUGACCACCAUCGACCAAUCAGAGCUCAGCGCGCAGCUCGGCCUCAGCCUGGGCGGCGGCACCAUUCUGCCCCGCCCACAGUCACCUGACCAGCCGCUGUCCGCCACCGACUCGCCGUCAGAUUCGCUGCACGACGACGACAUGGACGAUUUCCGACGGAAGAGCGUUCUGGUGGAUUCUCCAGUGUCUCUGCCCGUGUCGUCAGGCGUCAUCUCCCUCUCGCCGUCUCUAUCGGAGCAGCAGGCCGUCCCAGCAUCCUCCUCUGCUCCCGUACGGAAGGGAGUGGGUGGGAAAAAGGGCAAGAAGAAGAAAGACCCGAACGAGCCGCAGAAACCCGUGUCGGCUUACGCGCUGUUCUUCAGAGACACGCAGGCCGCCAUUAAAGGACAGAAUCCCAACGCCACCUUCGGAGAGGUGUCCAAGAUUGUCGCCUCCAUGUGGGACAGUCUGGGAGAAGAGCAGAAACAGGUCUACAAGAGGAAAACAGAAGCUGCUAAAAAGGAGUAUCUGAAAGCCCUGGCAGCUUACAAAGCCAAUCAGCUGUCACAGCAGCCGACUAUUGAAGUGUUAGACGCUCCCCCGUCUCCUCCCGCAGCCGCCGCCGUCGUCCCGCCUCCCGAACCCGCGCCGACCGUCACCCCGACGCGCUCGUCCCGCAUCCCGGUGCACGCGCCCGACAACAACACCAUCACCAACAUCUGCACGUCCAACAUCAUCCUGGACCUGCCGCAGGUGACGACGCGCUCGCGCACGGGCGCGCACAAACCCCAGGCCCCGCCCCCCGCCCCGCCCCCUGUCAACAAGAUCGUCAUUUCCAAGCAGCAGCUGCAGUCGCCGCGGCAGCCUCCGCCCCUCCAACAGAUGCAGAACACGCCUCCGCCCCCGCGCCUGCAGCAGAUGGUACAUUCCCCGGCUCCGCCCCCUCUGCAGGCCAAACCGCGUGGAGCCGCCGCCGCGGGACAGGUGGUCGCCACGGCGCCGCCGCCUCUGCAGAUCAAGAUCGUCCCGGCGCCCGCGCAGGCCGACAUGAGCGCGCCGAUCAUCGUGACGACCGCGGAGUCGCCGGGCGCGGCCUCGUCUGUGGUGGAGGUGCCGCCGCCCGCUGCCAUAGUAACGGACUUGUCGCCGUCGGCAACGGAGGAGGUAGCUGAAGAAGGGAUGGAGGUGGAGGUGAACGUGUCUCCGGUUCCAGACGCUCCUCCUGCAGACGUUCCCAGUGUGUGUGUCCGCGCCGGCUGCAACAACCCGCCUAUAGAGAGCAAAGACUGGGACCGAGAAUACUGCAGCAACGAGUGUGUGGCCACUCACUGCAGAGACGUGUUCAUGGCUUGGUGUGCCAUCAGAGGACAAAACUCGACCACCGUCACAUAGAAACACGUGGACACGGACAGAUGUGUGUGUGGAUGGACACUGAACCCUCAGCGUGAAGCUUUGGCUGAAGAAGAACUGCAGAAAAACCUGUCGAAGUCUCAAACCGAUUAGGAACAGAUGCACAGACAGUCCGGUUUAAUACACCUUUGCUGCGCAGACUGACAGAGCAGUAAAAAAAAAAUAAAUAUGGGAUGAGAAAAAUAUGAAUAUUUAAAGACAUUCAAAUAAUGUAACUGUAUAUGAACAUGCAACUGUGGUAUUUGGUGUCAGAGUGCAGGAUGGAGGCCCUUUUGACCAGCUGUGCGAUUGUUCUCGUGCAUCAAAACCGCAGAAACACAUUUUACACAAGUACACAAACAUAUGUUUGGCUUAUAAAUCUCUGUCAGACAUUUCAGAACGCAACAAUGCACAAAACCGAAGCGCCUGUGUUUCUGUACUCGCAUAGAGGAUGUUUCUGCCGUUGAGCACGAGUGUGUGUGUGUGUGUGUGAGAGAGAUUGAGCACCAAACUGAUUCUUAAGCUAAUAAUGGACAGACUGUUUUAAAACCAUGACGUCACUCGUGUGAAUAUUCCUGAUUUCAUCACUUACUUGAUUUUUAUUUUAAACAAGGGCAAAAAUGACCAUGGUAACUACAGUUUAUUCCCAAAAUUCUGUUGUUGCUAUGGUUACUGUUACAGUAAAACUGUGGCAACGGAACACAAAGUCAAAACAAAGAUUCAGCAAAACGGCACUUUGCCUUAUUUAUUGAUUUUUAUUGUACUAACAAUUGUAAAAUCUGUUUAUAUGAAUGCAUUUGGCAGACGCUUUUAUCCAAAGCCAGUUGCACUCAAGCUGUACAUUUAAUGAGUUGACGCGUUCCCUGAGAAUCGAACCCGUGACCUUGAUGUUGCUAACGCCAUCAUUGGGAAACAGUGGUUACAGUGGUGGAUUUUUGUAAAGGAGUGUUUUAAUAUCUUUUACAUUCUCAGAACUUACCGUGAAUUUAAAACGAAUAGAUUUUAUAUUGGGGAAAUGUACAGAAAGGGACAUUAUAUGUUUAACUGCUCAUGAAAAUAUGAUUUUCUUUUGGAUUUUUCUUCAUUUCUUUGACUUUUGGACUGUUGUAACAUCAUCUCAGUUCUUUCAUUGUGUUGAGGAGUUUGAGUUGAACAAACAAUCAAAUGGAAGAAAUUAAAAGAAAUAAAACAGGAAUGUGUGGCUGAUCAUUA